AUGGACGUGGUUCAGAUCGAUCUAGACGAUGAAUAUAUGGACGAAGACACCAGAAAACUAAGGCUGGCCAAAAGAAACGCGUUGAAACGGUUCCCGUCUAAAGUAACGCGAGCUGUAGACUUAUUUUUCGAAGAGCUCAUUUGUGAAGCCAUAUUUCAAUUUCACAUGGAACUCAAUGUGAACACGUACGAUCCAAAGGACGUGGCGGUGUGUUCGUCGUUGUUCAACAAGACUUCCGGCUACAACAUAGGUGGUGGUGGUAAACACGCGCGGGACGAAACGCUGACACGGAUGGCCGACGAGUUGAAUAUCAAUAAGAUCAACCAGGACAUCGAAUGUCCAAAGUGUUCGGCCGUGGUUAAAUGCCCGUGGCUAUCCAAGCAUCUAGCCCAGUGCAUGAACCCGCACAAAAACAAUUAUUCGCUGAGCGCUAGAAACAGUUCGCGGAUAGCCCGGCAGAGGAUUCAAGAUGGUUUCAAGACGGGCGUGGACGAGACGAAAAACGACCAAGAGAGCGAAGAAGAACGAACGCCGACGAAAAAGCGCAAUAACAAAACAAAAAAAGCCAAGUUCAAAGGAUUAAAAACCGGUAACUUGUCGUGA